CUUCAAAAUAACCAACAGUUCCUGAUAUAAAAAUGGCAAAAGUAGCUAUAUUAGUAUUUGUGGGUUUUCUUAUUGCCCACUUUCAAGGUUAUAAAUGUUUUUCUGAUAGUCUUAUAAGAUUAUCGCGUUGUCAUAUCAAAGAAAAUGUUUCAUUGGAGUUAGCUCAUGAAUUUUCGGCCAGACAUGAGGAUUUAAAUUCCUUUUAUCAACUUGUUGAAAAUAAUCCAAAUUUGAAAUGCAUGACAAGUUGCGUUUAUGAAUUUUUGAAUUUGAUUAAAGGAUGUUCGGCUACUGUGGACGAGAAAUUUGACGAAUUUACUACAGAUGAUAACGCUAACACUUUUAGAAACUGUGCAAGUAAUUUAUCAGAAACCGAUCGCUGUGAAUGUGCUUAUGAAAUUGAGAAGUGUGCCAGGCAAUUCUAUGCUGAUGUAAACAAUUAAAAAUAAAUGUAAACUUAUUUUAUUUGAUAAAAUUUAUUAUGUUAUUAACAAAA